AUGUCUGGCUCCCGGGCCCUUCGCCGUCUUCUGUACGUUGAUGCGGAAGAUGGCGCUGUUGCCCGUCGUGGCUACCACUUCGGUGGAACUUAUGAGCCGCUGCUGUACUCGGCUCUCCUCGAACAGCCUGCAGGACUACAGCCACGUAGCGGAUUUCGUGUGGCCUGUUCCUGUUUGUUCGGCUGCUUUGUCGGAUGUCUUACCAUGAAGGCAAGAAACAUGGAGCGAUGGUGGUUGGGUUUGUUCUUUAUGUGUGGUAUGUACUACAACGCGGUGAAGGCGCACAAGGUGAACAACGGCCUGGUUGGACAUCAAAGCGGCUUCUUUGCCGCUGGGAUGGGAAUGCUGGGGUGCGGCUGUCGUUUAGUUGUGCACGCAGGUAGCGCCAAAAUCAACAGGCGACUUCUCUGUUUGUUUGCCACCCUCAUGUGGUAUGAAGUUGGCCGGUACCACCUCUGGGCGGAGCACGCCUCGGAGUUCCGGCACGAGGUCACACCGGAGCGGACAUAUGACCUGUUGGCGGAAUUUGUUCCGCAGGAAACGGAGACCGAAUUUCUUCCCUACCGCUCUGUGUCAUCAGAAAUGACACGACAACAGUGA